AUGGUGAGAGUAAAGAAGUCUGAAUCCAGCGAGCCCGUAAUCGUAACUGAACCUUCAAUUCCCACGGUUGCAUCUUCAAUAUCAUCAGUCCCGCCUCCACCAUCGCCGCCGUGGACUGAACUACCUGAUGACUUGACGGUGAAUAUCCUGCAAAGGCUUCACACUAAAGAGAUACUGAUAAAUGUGCAGGAAGUGUGUAGUAAAUGGUGGAGACUCUGCCAGGAUCCUGCCAUGUGGCGCAUCAUUGAUUUGGAUCAUCAACAUUGUCGUUGGUAUGGGCUCAAAGAAUUUAAGGAAAUUUGCCGUCGCGCAGUUGAUCAUAGCCAGGGGCAAUUGGUCGAGCUAAAGCUUACUGGUUUAGCAGUAUCAAGUGAGCUGCGAUGCCUGACACUACCGGAGUCUCAAAUAAUAGGGUAUGUUUUGACUGGGGCAAUCAAGAAACUCCCACGAUUGGCAGAGUUGCAUCUCUACGUGAUGUCAAUGCCUAAUCCCACAGAUUUGGAAACCAUUGGCAUUUCAUGCCCAAUGUUGAAAUCAUUCACAUAUAGAAACCAUUGGGUUGUGAAUCUAGACGUUUCAAAGCAUGUUGUAGCAAUUAGGAAAACCAUGCCUAAUCUGCGUUGUGUCCUACUUUGUGGAAAGUGGAUGGUAAAUAGGGGACUGGAAGCAAUUCUCGAUGGAUGCUACCACCUCAAAUCACUUGAUCUUGGGAGAUGCAAAGGUCUUGAUAUGCAAGGUGCUCUAGUCAAAAGAUGUUCCGACCAAUUAAAAGAUCUGAGGCUCCGUCCGGUGUCUCCACCCUCUAUCAGCUAUCAAGAUUGGGAUUACGACAGUGAUUGGUCAUAUUAUAUCUACAAUUCCAGUGAUAGUGAUGAAGAAUAUCAAUAG